GUGGUUUUGCUUCUUUAAUUGUAUCGUGCUUGUAGGAAAUAGUUGUUGUCAAUUGUUGAGUUUCAUAAUUCAAACAAAAUCUGCAUUUAAUUACCAUUAUUCAGCUUAAAAAUUAUUUAUUAAAGUUUCGAAAUUUGGUGAUUACUUUUCAAUAAGAAAAUAAUUCAACAGACAAAAAAUGUCAUCCUUAACUAAACCAAAAUCUGAGAUGACACCGGAAGAGCUGUCAAAAAGAGAGGAAGAAGAAUUUAAUACUGGACCGCUAUCUGUUUUAACUCAAUCAGUUAAAAACAAUACUCAGGUGUUGAUCAAUUGUAGGAAUAACAAAAAAUUACUUGGCCGAGUGAAAGCCUUUGAUAGGCAUUGUAACAUGGUCUUGGAAAAUGUCAAAGAAAUGUGGACCGAACUUCCACGCACUGGAAAAGGAAAGAAGAAGGCAAAACCAGUAAAUAAGGAUCGAUUUAUCUCAAAAAUGUUUCUUAGAGGAGACUCAGUUAUUCUGGUUUUAAGAAAUCCUUUAGCGACAGCAAGCGGAAAAUAAUUACUUAUCAUUUUUUGUAUCUAAGUUAAGUCUUAAAAUAUAUUGUCUACUUUAAAAAAAAGAAA